CUCUCUCUCUCUAUUACAAAAGACUAAACACGUGCACGACCCGCAUUUCCAGGUCUUCAUCGGAAUUAAAAGAAUCCAUGAAUGGCACAUCUCGUUAAUUCUUUACAAUCCCAAUGGCAAAUUCCCACCCAUACCCCAAUAUUUAGCUCGCUCGCCUUCUAAACCCCUCAAAUCCUCCGUCCUCGUUCAAUUAUUUCGACUCUCAUCUCAUCAUUUCACUCAUUAAAAACCCAACCCGGUCCAAUCAAACCGGCCCAAAUAAAUCCAACCCCGGUUCAACCGGUGCUUUUUUGUCAAUUUUUCCGGUGGAGCUGGGUGGGAGUUGGUUGAUAGACGGCGUCGUAUCUGUCUUUUUUUUUUUCAUUACAUGACGUCGGGGACGAGGCUUCCGACAUGGAAGGAAAGAGAGAACAACAAGCGGAGAGAGCGGCGGCGGAGGGCGAUCGCCGCCAAGAUCUUCGCCGGACUGAGGAUGUACGGGAAUUUUAAGCUCCCCAAGCAUUGCGAUAAUAACGAAGUCUUGAAAGCUCUCUGUAACGAAGCCGGUUGGGUCGUUGAAGAAGACGGCACCACUUACAGAAAGGGAUGCAAGCCUGCUGAACGCAUGGAUAUUAUUGGUGGUUCUGCAACAAUGAGCCCUUGCUCAUCAUACCAACCAAGUCCUGGCGUAUCAUACAAUCCAAGUCCUUCGUCAUCAUCCUUCCCAAGCCCUGUUUCAUCCCAUUAUGCUGCCAAUGCAAAUGGUAGUGCUGAUGCUAAUUCCCUCAUACCUUGGCUUAAAAAUUUAUCAUCCGGCUCGUCACCUGCUUCAUCCAAGCUCCCACACCAUAUUUACAUCCCUGGUGGCUCUAUAAGUGCUCCAGUCACCCCUCCCUUGAGUUCUCCUACUGCCCGGACCCCACGGAUGCAAGAUAAUUGGAAUGAACAAAUAUGUGGUUCUGUGUGGGGACAGCAAUACGCCUUCUUACCCUCGUCUACCCCACCUAGUCCCAGUCGUCAGACUCCCCCUGAUUCGGGGUGGCUGUCCGGUGUUCAAACUCCCCAAGAUGGGCCUUCAUCUCCAACCUUCAGCCUUGUUGCAUCAAAUCCAUUUGGCAUCAAAGAGCCACUUUCAAAUGGAGGAUCCCGCAUGUGGACUCCAGGGCAGAGCGGAGCAUGCUCCCCAGCUAUUGCAGCUGGUUUUGAUCAAACUGCUGAUGUCCCCAUGGCUGAUGCUGUUUCUGCUGAGUUUGCAUUUGGCAACAGUACCAAGGGACUGGUCAAGCCGUGGGAAGGGGAGAGGAUACAUGAGGAAUUCGUAUCCGAUGAUCUUGAGCUUACCUUAGGGAACUCUAAAACCAGAUAGGGAGUGAGUUUUAUGCGGAACAGAAUAUCAAUCUGUCAGUAUGUGUGCAUGAGCUGAUGUCCUUUUUGCAAAGAUGAAGUGAUUAUCUGUGUCAAUACUUCUGAAGGAUUAUUAAUUGGUGGAAUCAGUGAUGUUAUAAUGUAGAAUAGGGGAAAUAUUCUUUUUUUUUUUUCCAUUUAUUUUUUUAGAUCUUUUUCACCGUCUUAGAUAGUAAAGCUUAGAUAUUCAGUAUAAAUGGAUAUUCCAUGAGUGGCUCUUGAACUUUUUCCACCCAUUUUUCUUCCCUUUUUGCACAUUCUUUUUUCAUUUUACGGCAAUUUUUCGCCAUCUGCAGCCUAUACAAACACUCGUUACAUGUGAUUAUAGUUUGUAACUGGAAUCGGCUUGAAUGUGAAGGACGACUAUUGUGG